AUGUCAAGCAAUCAAACCGUAAAAUAUCCACUGAAAGUCAGUACUCCAACCUCAAACAGAGGUAGAAAAUCUAAUGUCGAAGCUUUAGCACGUUUCGGUAACCAAACCUCAUCAAAAUCUAUCGAAAAAUAUAUAAAUACUCCAGGAAAAAGGAAACUGUCGACAACAUCAUUCUCGGUCGAGGAAAAACAGGAGGACCCUCUAGACUCCUCAAAAAAGCUGAAGACGUCUGUAUCACAACUCCAAACUGUUGAAACAGUCGCUAUGGAUACACCAGAGUUUGGCGAAGUGACGGAUUUCAAAGGUAUGCUGAGCUGCGUCUCAACACUGCUGAAUAGAAUGGAAGUCAAGCUACUCGAGAAUGGCAAUGCACUCAGGAAAGAACUAACUGAUUUCCAAACGAAAAAUAAAGAAGAAAUACAGGCGCUCCAGACGCAAAUAACAGCAAAUGAAAAAGAGUGGAGAUCAGAUAAAGAAUAUCUUGUGAAUAGGUUAGAAAGAAUGGAAGGCUCAAUAAAAGAGUUUCAUACAAAGACAAACGUAAGCAGAAAUGUAGUAGUAGAAGAGAAGAAUAUACCUAAUCGAAGAUUGGAACAGUUCUUCAGAAUGUCCGAAAGGUUGGAACAUCAAGAGCGAAAAGAAAAAGAACUUAACCUUAUAAUUAAAGGUCCUACCUGGGAAGCCGGAAAGGAGUUUGAGUGUGUACGCAGCUUCUUUCUUGAAAGAUUUGAACUGGACAGUGUAAUAGACACUGUAAAAGUUAUAGGAAUAAACAGAAAUGUGCUGGUGAUACGGAUGUCAAAUCUAGAGGCAAAAAAAACAAUACUGAAAAAUAAAGGAUGUCUUAAAGGAACAACAAUAAACGUCGAAGGGGACCGUACGCGCGAGGAACUCAUUGUGCAGCAUGAAAUAAGACAAGAAGGCAGAAAAGCACGGGAAGAAGGAAUCACUGAAACUUGGAAAACAGAACCCACCAGACUACACAGUUUUUUUGAAACUAACUACCACAAAAUAUGGUCGAAAGCAAAUAAAGAGCACAUACUUGGAAGACCGAGCGGUGGCUUGUUAUUACUUAUUAGCAAAAAGCUUCCAGAACCUCAGGUAGUGGAAAUCACUCAACACUGGAUAAUUAUUGAACUGAUAAAAGGCCAAAAUAGAGUAGUGAUCGGCCUCUGCUAUUUCAGACCUUCAAUGGCGCUAAACACAAUCCUGGUACCUUUUCAAGAGACUAUCUCUGCAACUGAAGAAUCUUUCGACAGCAAUAUCUUCAUCAUUGGAGGCGAUUUUAAUGCACACAUAGCGGAGGAGAACAUCCUACCAGAAGAACUGUGCUCAGACUCUCAACUAGAAUCCCACCGCCUCUCAAAUGACAAAAAACUGGAUGCAAGAGGAAAAGAAUUCCUGAACUUUAUGGAAGAAAACGGUCUAAUAGUGAUAAACGGAAGAACUAAAAGUGACACACCGGCUCGUAGCACCUUCACAAACUGCCAAAAUAGCGUAAUUGAUUUAUUCUGGGUUAAAAUAGACAGCAUACAUAAAAUUACUGAUUUGCAGGUUGUGUACAUAACCUCAAAAUCGGACCACUACCCGGUAAAAAUUACCAGCGCUUUCAAUCUCAAUACCCAGAUCCUUAGAGAAGGCACCAGGAUAGUAAAUAAAACUAAUAAAAUCAUUUGGAGUGAGAACAAGGCUGUUGAAUACAAAAGGUCAAAAGCUGUUCUGGAAGUCGCAGAGAAUCUAGACUGCCUGCGAACAGUAAACCAUAGAUCAAUCGCAACAAACACUGAACCUUGGUUUGACGAUGAAUGCCGCAAGGCAAAAAAUCUGCUCAACCGUGCUCUACGUGUUCGCAAGAAAAUAGUGAAACAGUGUAAGCCAUAUGAUACUACAGUACAAGCCCUACGUGCAAAUUUCCAGAAGGUAACAAAAAAACAGCGUAAAGCAUACAUAACGAAGAUAAAAAAAUCAUUGUCUAACACAAGAAACGGGCCUGAUUUCUGGAAAGUAGUGAAGAGUCUACGCCAAAAAAAUUACAGCAGCCCAGUUAUCUCUCUUAAAACGUGGACUGAAUAUCUGACAAAGAUAUAUCCACCAAGAAUUAGUGAUAGUACUCUUUACUACGGGGUAACUCACCCAUACCUAGAUCGUGAAAUUAACUAUAAAGAACUGGACCACUGCCUCACAAAGCUCAAGAAUGGAAAAGCGCCGGGUGAGGACACCAUACUCAGCGAACACCUAAAACAUCUUCCCAGCAACUGGAAAUUAUAUAUCAUAGUAUUCUUCAACAAAGUAUUGGACCAAGAAAUAACCCCCAGAGACUGGUCUUCGACUUUCUUCACCCUACUGCACAAAAAAGGUGAUCCAACAGCACCAGAAAACUAUCGUAGUAUAGCUUUAACUAAUAACAUCUCCAAACUGUUCACCACGAUAUUAAGAGAGAGACUUUACUCAUGGGCAGAACAAGCUGCGAUUAUUCCGGAGUCUCAAGCUGAGGUAGUCAGCUCCUGUACUUAUUUAGGCGUAGUUUUCUCGGGAUCACUACAUGGAAGGAAGGCAGCUGAAUCUGCGAUUUCUAGAGCAGCGAUCGCUAGUUCACAGACACUGAACAUUCUCGCUAAAGGCAAAGCGGACUCCUGGAACACCGUAUGCAAACUCUUUGAUACAACUAUUGCUACCACGCUUCUGUAUUCUGCUCAUCUCUGGGGUCUUCGUUAUCACCAAAUGCUUGAAAAAGCCCAAGAAAAUUUCUUCAAGAGACUGUUUCUGCUACCACGCUGCACACCGGGAUAUGCACUGAGGCUAGAACUGGGCUUGACACUUGUCAAGCUACAUAAACUAUCCCUGGGAGAAAACUGUGACCCGAAAUACAAUUGGGCAGCUCAAUUCUAUCAAAUUUUAAAAGAAACAGGUCACGAAGACCUAUGGGAAAAUCUGAGCAGCCAAACAUGGAAAGAUAGGGAGUAUAGACUCUUUAAAAACUACGCUGAAAAACUCCGAAAAGAAGAUAUAGCCAAAUGGACCGCCUCAACAUUCUGUCAAUGCAGGCAUACCUAUGGACCCAAACUGGAACCUGCAAAGUACAUCAAAGCUAGAUGCCCGAUAAACUGGCUAAGAAUGAGUAUUAACUUAAGACUGGCUAAUAACUUCAAGCUUCGUUUAAAACACGAAUCCAAUGUCUGCACGUUUGAUCCAAACAUUCAAUGCAUGAGCUGCAAUAAUCGCAAUUACGAAAACGUUCAGCACGUUCUGGUUGAAUGUCCAACGUACACACCCUUCAGAAACAAGUUUCUCUUUACUGCUACUGCUGAUGAAAACGCAAAGGAAAAAACUGUCCCUGAAUGCCUCGAUCUACACACGAAAGGUGACCUGAAGAACCUGUACUACUAUAUGAGCAAUGUCCUGGCAGUCCUGUAUCUCUGCGAUGACUACCAGGACCCCUGA